CGGCGCUUUGAAACUGUUUUUUGGAAGGUUGGUCAGUACUGUGCUCAGUGUGCAGGAGAAGAUGAACGGAGCCAUGGAGAUAACGCCGCCGUCGAGCCGGGACGCCGAACAGUGCGUUCCAAUUCGCAAGCGACGAAGCACCGCUGCCAAGCGGCUGGAAUACCGCAGCAGCCCCCUGAGGAGCCGUUCAUGCGGGGGUGACGAGGACAGGCUGGGGGGCCUGAAAGCCCGUGGAUCCCCGAACACGGAUCUCUUAGCCACAUGCUCCACGCCUCCCAAGAGACAUUCCCGAUUCUACGAGGAUUCACCGGAGCGAGCGUCCCUCCAAACUCCAUCCACGAAGACUCGGUGCAAAAAUGUUAGGAGACGAAGACUUUUCGAGACGUCGCAGAAACUAACGAGUGUGCUACCCCGAGCGAAGAACUCCAGCCUCACGUUAUCCUGCAGGCGAUCCCUAUUCAAGAAUGGCAAACCUUCAGCAAGGUCCAGCACAGAGGGCAACAGCAUCAGACAUCAGGUCAACUUGAAUCCCUUCAGUCCCGUCUCCCUCCUCGCCCUGUCUCCUACACUGCAAAAGAACCAGUGCAAGACAGCACACCUGUCUUAUGGUGAAGACAAGAAUACAAGUAAUGCUAAAGGAGACCCUAAGAGGGUGACUGCAAUAAGAAACGACGUGACGACCCGCUACAACUCAGAGUUCUUUGAGCUGGAGACAAUCGGCCAUGGGCAGUUCUCUGCGGUGUUCAAAUGUGCGAAAAGGCUGGAUGGCUGCAUCUAUGCCAUCAAGCGAUCAAGUAAACCACUUAUGGGAUCGGUAGAUAAACAAUACAUCAUGCGAGAAGUGUUUGCCCAUGCCGUACUAGCCCGGCAUCCCAACGUGGUGCAGUACUACUCGUCCUGGGUGGAGGAUGACCACUUGCUCAUUCAGAACGAGUACUGCGACGGCGGCACGCUGGCAGAUGUCAUUGAAUGCCAAUCUAAGCCUUUGUCGGAAGUGGCCCUCAAAGAUGUGCUGCUGCAAGUUGCGCGAGGCCUGGCCUGCAUCCACUCAAUGUCCCUGGUACACAUGGACAUCAAACCCAGCAACAUCUUCAUAUCCAAGAAGUCUGGAAGCAGCUUUGAUGAAGAUGGCACGUUGGACACCGGCGUUACCUACAAAAUAGGUGAUCUUGGUCAUGUGACACCGGCAAACAGUCCUUACGUGGAAGAGGGUGACAGCAGAUAUCUGGCUAAUGAAGUUCUACAAGAGGACUACAGUAACUUGACAAAGGCCGACAUUUUUGCUCUCGGUCUGACAGUUGUUAGCGCCUCGGGGGCGGAGGCCCUGCCCGCCAAUGGACUCGGGUGGCACAAAAUCCGACAAGGCGAGCUUCCCACCAUCCCAUGUGUGCUUGCAUCAGAGUUUCUCAGUCUUCUUGAGCUGAUGAUCAACCCUGACCCAAUGAGACGGCCUUCGACCUCUGACAUCAUCAGGCACCCAGUAAUCCAGACAGCAAACAGAUUGAUGUUGUAAAUACAAAUAUCAAUAAAACUCUUGCAUAA